ACACAAUGACAAUUUAAAAAAUAAAAAAAAAAUUACAUUGCUAAGUUACCUAAAUUACAGUAAAACGGAUGUGAACUAUAGUAUGUAUAUAAACAAUUACAUUACAUUUAUUAUUUAAUUUAAAUAAAUGAAUUAUGAUUUGAACAAGCAAUAACAUGAAUAUUUCAUCUAUAUGAACAUUUAUGUCUUAAAUCAUAAAUGCACUGUAGACACUCAAGAAAUCACAAAGAUUUUGUCUUAGUAUCAUGCUAAUUAAAAGUAAAUAUGCUGUUUACAUAAGCAAUCAUGUUGCAACAGUGAUGCAAUAAUGUUGCUGGCCGACCAGCUAAGCUGCUUUCUCUGUCAUUGUUUUAAGAAAACGUUUGAUGUGUACAGGUGACGUAGAUUUUCCUUCUCUCAGGUACUGUAAUUCCACUGUACUGUAAGUCUCAAAUGCUUCAGUAAGCAAGUCACGCCCUUUCUGUUUCCAACAGGUACAUCUACGCAUCAAUAUUUUCACUGCAAAUUAACAUUUUAACCAAAUAAACAGUUUAAAACACAUACUGACUAUAGAGUACAUACAUGGCACUGAAUAAAUUAUAACACAAGUAAAUCAGCUCAAACAUCAAUUUCAGUGACUGACUCAUCCUUUUAUAUUUAAUCUGUGCUAUUUUUACUCAACAGCAUGCCAAAACAAGCAGCAGAAAGCAAGAAAACAGUCACGUUUACAUACCAGUCGAUGCCGUGAGCCUGAGCUCUUCACAGUGCAAUCGCUUUGCUGUCUGACAGAAAACUAAAGGGGUCUCGCACUCAAUUAUCACUAUAUUUAUCAUAUCUGAAACAGUGACAUUUCCUUGGCAUUUAGGGGUUAACAGAUCGCCGCUUCUGAAAACAACAUUGUCAUGGAAACGCAGUGAUUUAGAAGAAACAAGACACAGUUUCCUGUCCAGAGGCCCAUAUGUGGGAGUAUUAUUUAUGUCUGGAAGUGCCACUGUUGCUCAGCGCCGCCACAUUGGACUCCAGGAGUUAGAUGCCCUAGCUGCCACCAUACGUGGUUUUCUAGGCCCCAACAAACGGCCCAAGUUCAUCCAGGAUGAAGACGCCGGGGAUGCGGUGUUGGUCAGCUCCAGUUUGCGUCUGCUUGAGCGUAUUGACCUGGAUGGCUCAGUUGGACAACUGCUACAUGAGACGGUACAGGCGCAGCAGAAGGUCUUCCACUCCGGGACGGGCACGCUGGUGUUUCUAGCUGGAGUCUGGAGUAGAGUUGCAUUAGAGUGUCUAAACAGAGGAAUAACAGUGUUGGAUAUUAAAACAGCCAUGAGAAAAGGACUAGAGGUGUGUUUGGAGGUAUGCAAACGAUCAGCUGUAAGUGUGGAAGAACUAAAAGAACACAAACCUACCUCAGCUCUUAAAUCUAAAAUUCAGGACACAAGCAUGGAUGUUAAACUCUCUCAGAAUCUCAGGUUGACACUCAAACACAGCAGACACUUUAAUUUACAAGAUGCACAAACUGAAAACGCACAAACGGUUCUGAAUGACAUAACUCGCAUAGCGCAAGCCGUCAACCACGGUUGCGACUCCUCCAUGCUUUUAGUUUUAAAAGCAUGGAAGUUGCAAUACAAAAAUGCACAAAACAAAUCUUUGGAUAUUCAAAAACUGGUCAUGUGUCUCAUUCCAGGCCUGUCUGAGGAGAAAUCACACGUAUUGCAUGGCUUCGUCACAUUGCUGUCAGUCGAACAGGCCUCUGUGGUUCAACACCUUCAGGGUCAUUCAUUAAAUAUCGCUUUGGUGAACGGCGACUUGUGCGAGAAGUAUCGGCACGUGGGUUUCAACAGGCCUGGGAAUGUUGUGCACGUCACAGAUUGUACUUACGUGUCAAGCAUGAGUCUGGAAGAUCGUUGGAUUGAGGAUGCAUUAAGAAAACUGCAUGAAUUCAGUAUAGAUGUUGUGCUUGUGAGUGGCACAGCUAGCGUGAAACUCAAAAACCGAGUCCUUGGUGCAAACGUCUUGGUUAUCGAAGGUGUUAAAACUAACAUUUUGAAAGAUUUCAGCACAUGCACAGGCGCCGUCCCGGUUUCGUACAUCACACAGAUUAACGAGAGCUGCGUGGGAUGGGGAGUUACACUCAGUCCAUGCAGAGAUUUCAGUGGAAAAAAUGAUUUAGUCAUGGUCAGCAUUGUGACUGCAAGCACAUCUCUGGUCACGGCGGUCUUAUGCAGCUCUGUAUCUGCUAAACUACAAAGCUUGGAGGAUCAGUUUUGGAGCUGCGCUCAUCGGUUGCACCAUGCACUUGUAGAUAGGAAGGUCCUGCGUGGCGCAGGAACCACCGAACUCCAGUGCAUCCAGCAGCUUAAUCAAUCUAAACAGACAGAGAUGGAAAACCCACAGGAAACUGUGGUUCUGGAGCUGAUGGCUGAAGCCUGGAUGGAUUAUGUCUCCACUUUGAUGCUGAACAGCGGGUCGGUGGGAUCUAAAGCAGAGGCUUGGACGGCUAUUGCACAUCAGAUGAGACCCUAUACAGAUGGAGAAGCCAUAUCACGGGGUAUGGAUGGGGUUGGUGUGUAUGAUAAUGUGACAGUGAAGUCUGAAGCCUGGAGGAGAGCUCUGGAUCUGGUGUUUUUAGUUCUUCAGUCUGACACGGAGAUCGUUACAGGUGUCAGCGAAGGAGAAAAUGUUUACAGGGAGCUCAUGUAUCUUUAAUAUGUGAGAAUGAGAAUAGAAUUGGAAUUGUAUUUUUGUGUACUAUUCACUCUGAAGAUGCUUCAGGUAUUUUGUAUACAAGUACGCUAGAAAUGUUCUGUGAAAGUAUGCUACAAUACAUGACAUUAUGAGUGAUGUUUUAAAAAUUAAUAUUUCAAGACCUGAAAAAAUUGAGACGUUUUUCAGUAAAAUUGAAUAGAACUUUUUUUUUUUAUUUAUUACUUGUCUGUUUUAUACAAAAAAACAUUAAAGCUGGAAAUGUAGAAAUGUAGAAAUUCUAAUAAAUGAUUACAGAAAAUGCCUAAAAAAGUACAUAAAUUCAGGGCUAAACUGUGGGGAAAAUUGGGUGAUUGAUUGAUUUUAUUAUUUGUUCAUUCAUUCAUUUAUUCAAUAUAGCCUACUGAUUUGAAUUUGUAUAUUAAGUUUGUGGUAUAUCUAAUUUUUUUAUUUGAACCGCUUAUUUUUUUAGUGUACAAUACUGCCACAACGUGGACAUAAAUAUGCAUUGCAUGUAAAUACUCAAUACAACAUCUGAACUCUUUUAGUGAAUAGAUCAUAUUAGUAUUUUAAGUAUGGCUUUCAAAUGAUU